ACUCCGCGGGAAGGCGACAACCAUUACAGAGGCAUUCUCAGCAGUCAAAUCCCUUCUAUAGAUCAUCAAAGCAUCAUGCGCCUUGCUAUUGUCGCUCUCCUACUCCUGGCAACCUGCCUUUCCGCCCGAGCUGAUGUCUCUCAGCUAGUGAGAUCUGGCAAUGGAUUUGUAUACGAUGUUCCCAAGGUCACAGAGCUGGAACUGGAGGUCAGCAAUGAGUUUCCCACCGGCGAUGAGUUCCCCCAGGAUGCCAUACCCGUGGCGCCCUCAGAUGCAGAGCUAGGCCAGGCCGAGGAGCCCGAGGAACCAGCAGAGCCAGAAGAGCCAGCACCUGUAGCCGCCGCUUCCUCUUCCAGAUCCAGCAGCAUUGCAACCAAGAGCGGCAGCAGCGUCCAUGGAUACAAGUACCAGGUGCCUAGCCGGCGCUUCAAGAGCUAA